AUGGCCACCCAGCUGUUCAAGGGGAGAGGGCACGCGGCCAUCUACCAGAAAUACAGGUUUGCACCGGGCAAAGAGCUGCAGGAGACCAUCUUCACCUACCUGCAGGAAAAGAAGAGGAGCUCUGCUGAGCUGGUGGUGGAUGUCGGCUGUGGGUCUGGACAAGGCACCCGCUUUCUUGCGGAGCACUUCAAGAAGGUGGUGGGAACCGACAUCAGCGAAGCGCAGAUCCAGGAGGCCAGGGAUGCCCCCUCCCUGCCCAACGUCUCCUACCUUGUGUGCCCUGCAGAGGAGCUGCCCUUCGAGGAUGCCUCCGUGGACAUCCUGGCAUCAUUCACAGCCGCGCACUGGUUCGAUAUCGAGAAGUUCAUGAGAGAAGCAAAACGGGUGCUGAAGCCGGGUGGUUGCGUGGUCCUCAGCACCUACACCAUAGACACGAAUCUGCGCUAUGGCAACUGCUCUGAAAAGCUGACCAAAAUCUACAGGGAGUCCUGGGACCUGCUUUCAAAAUACUCACAUGAUAGAGUAAAACUUGUGUUGGAUGACUACAAGGAGAUCUUUGAGGCCUUGCCGUUUCCAGACAAGAAGAGAUUCACUGAUAUCUAUGAUAAAAUUCCCAUGACAGUUGCUGGUGUGAUUGGUUUCUUGGAGUCUACCUCUCCAUAUCAAAUCUUUAAGAAAAAUGACCCCGAAGCUGCAAAAUCCCUCCUCCAGGACACUGAAAAGAGGAUGCUGGAGGCAAUGGGAGUUUCUUCUCCUGAAAUCCCAGUGGAGUUCUGGAUAAGGCAUAUCUGUGUGCUGGGAUGCAAGGGACAGUGA